CUCAACACCCCCUCCGCUGGUUGUCAUUUUGAGAAUCCUUCAUCUUCUGUACUAUAAUCCUUGAAACGUAUUCUUCGCCCUCAUGUUGGACGUUAUUGUGAUUGGAGCUGGCUUUAGCGGCCUUCAGGCAGCCUAUUCGGCUCAACAAGCUGGCCUCUCGACUGCCGUUGUUGAAGCCCGGGAUCGCGUUGGUGGCAAGAUAUGGAGCGUGCCACUUGCUUCUGGCCGUGGCUACGCUGAGCUUGGCGGAGCAUGGAUCAACAACAGCCUCCAGCCGCGUGUCUGGAAGUAUGUAGAGAGAUUUGGCCUGGAGGUCGUGACGCAGCGGUUAGAAGGAACGGCUGUCAUGCAAGAAAAUCAAGACAGUCGACUUGAAUUUCCUUUUGGCGUUACGCCAGACUGGUCUGAGGCGGAGAAGAAGAACUUGGAGUAUAUUCGCGAUCACAUCCAAGCUGAAUCUUUAAAACCUGGCUUGCCAAGUGCACAGGAUGACAGUGUCAGCUUGGAUCAGUAUGUCCGCAAUCUCGGUGCCCUGCCCAAGGUUGCCAACAUGGUAAAUCUCUGGGCACGGGUCAUGCAUGGUUUGGAGUCAACAGAAGAAUCGGCCGCCUGGUUUAUUGACUACUGCCGCCGCAAUAAGGGCCUUCUGGCCAUCAGGGCGGAUGAUUCUACCGGCGGUCAAUACAUGAGAUUCAAAGAUGGGGCCCAGUCAAUUGCUGAGGAAAUUGCUCGCUUGGUGGGAGCGCAGAAUAUUUACCUGGGGUCACCAGUUGCUUCGAUCAACGAGCACGGCUCAUAUAUUAGCGUCGUCACCCGCGAUGGGAAAACGUUUGAUGCCAAGAAGUGUAUCUUGUCAAUUCCCAGUACCAUGUACCGGGAACUGAACAUCACCCCUGCUUUGCCCAUGCCGGUUCAAGAGGUCACCGAUGGGACUGUCCUCGGUGACUAUAACAAGGCUAUCGUCUGUUAUGAUAAGCCAUGGUGGCGUGGUGAAGGAUUCAACGGUUAUUUCGCGAGCUACACAGGUCCUGUGAUAUUGGCCAGAGACACCAGCGUGGACGAAAGAAACCACUUCUCCUUGACGUGCUUUGUUAAUGGCCAGCCUGGGCGUGAUUGGGGCAAGCUGUACCCCCAUGAGCGUCGCGCAGUGGUCCUGAAGCAAAUCGCGAAGAUCUUCAAAGCCGAUGCCGACUCGGAAGCUUUCCGGCCAAUCGAGGUCUUUGAUCAGGUUUGGAAGCACGAGGAAUUCAGCAGAGGUGCUUUAGCUCCUGUCCAUGCAAUUGGGCAUCUCACCAAAUACGCGUCUGUGUACGGCAAGCCGGUCGGCAAUAUUCAUUUCGUGGGAACGGAAUAUAGUACAGAAUGGAAGGGAUACAUGGAGGGAGCUCUCUGCUCAGGAGAACGGGGGGCUCGUGAGGUCGUGGAAGCCAUGCAGAAAGUACCGGCAAAACUAUGA